UUGGUCCACAGCAAAACCUGGAGCAUUUCAGUGCACGUUUCUCACUGCUGUGUUUGUGCUGCAGUACACUGUUAGAGAACUAAAAGAAAAAACACCAUGUCGGUAAAUCUCGUGCUGGAGAAUUACAUCGGUGGGAAGUUUGUGCCCUGCUCUAGGCAUGUGGACUCGUAUGAUCCAUCCACUGGAGAACUUUACUGCAGAGUCCCAGACAGCGGUGUGGAUGAGGUGGAGGCGGCGGUGAAGGCCGCUAAAGACGCGUUUCCUGGCUGGUCUUCCACGAGUCCGGCAGAAAGAGCUCAAGUUCUGAAUAAACUUGCCGAUCUGAUAGAAGCUCGUCUGGAGGAUUUUGCGCAGGCAGAGUCUAAAGAUCAGGGGAAGACGAUAAGCUUUGCCCGAAAUGUCGAUAUCCCACGUGCCGUGCACAACUUCCGAUUCUUUGCUUCGUCUAUGCAACACCACACGACCGACUGCAGCCAGAUGGACCACAUGGGCUGCAUCAAUUACACUGUGCGCUGCCCUGUAGGAGUGGCUGGUCUGAUCAGUCCUUGGAACCUGCCUCUGUAUCUCCUUACCUGGAAAAUUGCUCCUGCUGUGGCUACAGGGAACACAGUGGUGGCCAAACCUAGUGAGAUGACCUCAGUUACUGCCUGGAUGAUGUGCAAACUGCUGGAGGAGGCUGGUUUCCCACCAGGAGUUGUGAACGUAGUGUUUGGUACAGGGCCGCGUGCAGGCGAUGCCAUCGUGUCUCACCCUGAUGUGCCUUUGAUUUCAUUUACGGGCAGCACGGCUACAGCUAGAGUGAUAACAGAGCGCAGCGCCCCCUACUGCAAGAAACUCUCUCUGGAGCUCGGAGGAAAAAAUCCAGCCGUGGUGUUCGCCGAUGCUGACCUUGAGCAGUGCAUCAGCACCACCGUGCGCUCCAGCUUCUCCAAUCAGGGUGAGAUUUGUCUCUGUACCAGCAGGAUUUUUGUGGAGCGAAGCGUUUACCCACAAUUCCUAGCAAAGUUUGUAGAGGCGGCUCGCCAGUGGAAAACCGGCACGCCCUUUGACCCCUCCAACCACAAUGGGGCACUUGUGAGCUUGGAGCACUUAAAAAAGGUUCGGAGUUACGUGGCUCUGGCGAGGGCCGAGGGAGGUGAGGUGCACUGCGGCGAGGGAGUCGACGCUCUCACUCUCCCGCCUCGGAAUGCAUCCGGGUUCUUCAUGCUGCCGACAGUGAUCUCAGGUGUAUCAGACUCCUCUGCUGUGAUGCAGGAGGAGAUAUUCGGCCCUGUGACCUGUGUGACGGCGUUCGACACGGAACAGGAAGUGAUAACCCGGGCGAACGGGGUGCGCUACGGCUUGUCGGCUGUUGUGUGGUCACGAGACGUGGGCCGCGUUCACCGAGUUGCGAGGCAGCUCCAGGCUGGGUUAGUGUGGACCAACUGCUGGCUGAUCCGAGAUCUAAACCUGCCGUUCGGAGGAAUGAAGAGCUCAGGCCUCGGGAGAGAAGGCGGGAAAGAUUCCUACCACUUUUUCACUGAGGUCAAAACAAUUACAGUGAAGCACUGAAAGGUUGCAUGUUAACAAGCUACCAUUAAAGUGUUGCUUUUCUCAGUUUAAUCUUCUUCAAAUUCCAGUGACACCAAACUACCACUUCUGGGCCUCUAAACAAGGCCCUUAACCCCAUAACUGCCUAAAUAUCUGAAUUAAAUAAAUGUUAUUGCUCUGGUUCGUCUGGUUAGUUCCUCUGCCAAAUAAUGUAAAUUAAUAUCUUCUUCACCAACUAAAAGAUGUAUUAUUGAACAUUCAUGUGAUAAACAAAACACUUUGACCUUU